AGGUUAACCAAACAUGUCAUACGACGCCAAUCUCACGAAAUACAUGGAUUUCCUCGUGAAAAAGACAAAGAAUGCUGCUGAGCCAACGACGUUUAAAGAAAUAUUCGAUGAAUAUAGCCGACUAGACCCUGAUCGGAGUACAUAUUCAAUGUGCUAUGACAAAUUUCAUCAUAGGCUUGCACCAAUAAUGAAUGAAUUGAACACCUACAGUAUCAGGGAAAGAGUUCGAGUAAUGCUCACAAUGGGUGGAAAAGUUUCCAAAGAUUUCCUAACGACAAUUGAAAAGCUGGGAACUGUCCAACUCGAUGAGAAGAGAAGAAUCCUAAAAUAUGCCUCGAAGGACGGAAAAUUCAAAAUAGAAGGUGCACGGUCCGAAUUCAUGGACUUUCUUAUCCAACAGACCAGAGAUGCAGUUAGACCGAUGACAUCGACCUCAAUUGCCAAGGAGUUCUGCCGUAUCAAGGAUCGCCAGGUUUCAGUUGAUACGUUUAAUAAAAAAUUUCGUCGAAAUCUGGCACCAAAUAUGAGUCGAUGGAGCAGCUACCUACUCGGAGAUCGGAUUCGGAUGAUGUUUGUAUUAAAAGGGACAGUGAGAACUGAUUUUCUUGCCGAAAUUGAAAAAUCUGGCACCGUUCAACUGGAUGACCAGCGCCGAAUUGUCAGAUAUGCAUCAAAUGAUGGAAUGAUAGAGUUGGAAGAGAAGACGUCGGGAGUGAAGAGAAGAAGGUCGACCAAAUCCAGCAAUACACCUACAAAAAGACGCGAAAUCACUGAGAAUGAGUUGUCUGACACGGAUGAUGUAGAAGUUAUGGAAAUAGUUGAUGGCUACGUGGAACAGGAAUCUGCAUCGUUUGAUUUCGAGGAAUUGGUCAAUCGAGAAGCGUCAUACAAUCUGGAUCAAGGGCACCUCUACCGUGAGAUUCUAGAGGCUCCACUCCUUGAAAAUCGAGAUUCCAAAUUCAAUCCUUUCAAUGCAAAGAGUGGUCGGCAGGCAGAGGUUCAAAGAUCUGGAACUUUUUUAAACGAAUCGGAAGGUACUUCUACAAAUGCACAAGAAUCUUUCGUCUUCCGUGGCUUCUUGAAGCAGGAGCCUGUAUUUGAGCAAUUCCAUAUUCAAAACAUGUCAAACAACCUGGUGAAUCUACCCAUUCCACCAGAGAUUGAGGAAACCCCAGUUCAAGAAGGUCACCAUGUUGAGCCAUCGGGAAUCACUGGAUCUGACGGGAUUAGACUUCACAAGUUUUUGAAUUCGUUAGAACUCAUGCUCACAUCUCUCGAAUCAGAUACUCUAAACGAUUUAAUGCAAGAGAUUGAAGAGAUUCGCCGUCGAACAGAUGAGAUUCUUCCAUCGGAGCUAGUGAUUACUACCCUCCAGACAUUCUUUUUGGGAAUCACUCGAAAGUUUCGGCCGGAAACCUCAGCACCGAGCAAAUCAGCAAAAGAGUGUCUGAGAAUCUUCAAAUAUGCUCUCCUUUGGCUUAAAAACCCGUUGCUUUACGAUCUACAAAAGAGAGUUCAGGACGAAAUUGAAAAUCACGAAGCGGAUGGAAAGGUUCUCCUAAUCGCUGACGUCCAGCAAGGUAUUCGCAAUAUUCUUUUCACUGUUGUUUAAUUCACCUGUACUUUUCAUAAUUAUCCUUUUUUCUCGUGAUUUCACCAUGACUCUAUUCACCUUUUACGGUUUCGUUUUUUUUCCAAUUUUUUAAGAGCCCUCCACUGUUAAUUCUACUGUUAUAUGACUGGUAUUUUUCUCACAAAUUGAACGGUUUUACGAUUUAUUUAAGUUUCUAUCACUGAAAAAUCUUUGAUAAUAAAUCGGAAGUUAAUUUUUUU